ACCACUUCGGCGUGGAUCGUCAUCGUCUAGUCAGCUUCAUGCUGGCUCGUGCAACAGUCAGAUCACUGCCAUGCACAUGUACCAGCCAGAAUGUGCCUCCCAAGUCCUACCUUGGCAGCAGCGAGCCGUCAAGUAGCCGAUCGAGGCUGCACACGACCACGAAGCGAUCUGCAAUCGAAGCACAGUCGACGGGCCGACCAGACCUCGCUUAUCCAGCUCAUCUCAGUCAGCCUACGCCAUUCGAGCUCUUCCACCUGCCGCGAUCGGCCACGAAGCGUCAGAUUAAGGCGAGAUAUUAUGAUCUCGUGAGGCAGCAUCAUCCUGAUUCUGUGACGGCCUCGCCGGCUGCCAUGGCGCUCCCAGCAACGCCAAAGGGGAAAGGGAAGGCAACAGAGCACGAUGUCUAUAUCGAACGUUUCAAGAAAAUUGUUGCGGCUUACGAGCUACUGAAAGAUGACCGGCGACGCCUUGACUACCUGCGCGCCGGUAUCGGCUGGUCAGGUUCCGCGCCCGGCUCGGCAGCAGCAUCAGCACGUGCGGGCUUUGAUGCUCAUCAUGCCUACGAUCAAGCGGAGUUGUGGCGGCAGCAUGAUCCGUGGUCAAACUCCCGAAAUCCAUAUCGUUCGAGAGGCUACUAUCCAUCUGCCAGCUGGGAUUGGCAGCAGGACCCGACAUACGACGAUCACCAGGAAAGCUUCUUUCACAGAAACAGAGAUGCGCAGGUCAAUACUGUGAGCACAAAUGGUCGCGUGUUUAUGUUCCUGGCAACGACUACCGUCCUGCUGUACGGCUGGCAAGCCUGGAAUCUGUUUCCUAGUGUGUCCGUUUUGCCACCCACUCAGCUUGUCUCGUCUCUCGGUAAUGCAGGCAAAGCCGACGAAGAGCUGGCCGUCGAUCCCUCGACAGCACGCAUAUGGUCCAACAACUCGAUCCUACAGGCACGCGACGCUCACCACGAGCAGUCUGCUGAUGCGCUUCAAAACGCUCGACGCGACGCGCGGAUGUACGGCGAGCAACGGCGAGACGCCAUUAGGAAGCGGCUAGCUGAUCUCAAGACUGAUGAACUAGCACCGCCAAAUGAGCCGAUCAAACUCGUCGAAGCAAAGUAGAGCUCUGACGGCUAUCAUGAGGCAAUGCAUACAUUUGUCAAGCUCUCACGACUUCCUCCUUCGCACCUAUCAGAUUCUUGCCAUCGUCCUCGCCCACCUCCCCUGUCCAUCCGUUGGCAGCGAGAUAUUCCGCGAAAGCUUCGUCCUCCUUUGCCAGAUCUUCACCUCCGACAUUUGGCAGGAAAAUGUAAGCGUUAAGAACACCAAGGAUGCCGACAAUGGCGGCGACGAUAAACGUCCAUCUCUUGCCCCAGUGAUUCUGGAUGGGCGUGAAGACUUGCGUUCCCACUGCAGCUCCAGUCUUUCCGAUGCAGGCAGACAGACCAUAAGCUGUUCCGCGGAUCGGCG